UGGUGACACUGGCGUUGCUAUUGUUAUCGACAUUGGUUACUUCAAGCAGCCAGUGUGACAAUUUCGCUCGACUUUUUGCAUUGGCAGCAAAACAAAUUAAAAAGCAAAAAUUAAAUACAACAACACAUUAAAUAGGCUUUUCGAAUACUUUUUGUUAAAUAAAUGAAAUAGCUGAAAACACAGACUUAUCGAUAUGUGACUGGACAAAAUAAUUAGGGUCACACUUCAGCUGCUCAUCAUAUCAGCCCUGAUUGCAGUAAAACAGCUGCUUGCCAAUGAAUAACAAAACAAUCAGUUUUAUGUUUUUAUUACAAUAAGCCGAAACCUUAAUUUAUUAUUUAAGAACCGGAAAUAUGGAAGACACUGCCGUUACUCAGGAAGGAAGCUCCAACAGCAACGAACCGCUUAAUGAAGCAGAGGAAAAGCCUCAACAACCUUCGCCGGAGUUCUUGCAACGUAAAAUUUACUUUCUGAUGGAUCAACUGAAGGCAAUGCAUGCUGAACUACCAGAAAUACUGCAAACUCGCAUCUCCUACGAUUUGCUCACAGAACUGGCAAAUUGUGUGUUAAAUGAAAGCAUCUUCGAUAUAGUCAAGGCUCUUAUGGAAUUACAGCAUGUGACAGAAAAACAUUUGAUACAAAUGCGCGCACAGGUUGAGAAUGAAUAUGAAAUCGAGGUCGCCGAUUGGCGUGCUAAAAUCAAAGAUCCAGAAGAAUUGCAGCAUAUUCUAGGACUUAUGAAGAUCAAACAUACCAAAAAGUUGGUGGAAACUGAUAAGAAAAUUGUUGAAGUGCUGGACCAGAAGGUUUACGAUCAACAAUCCAUGCUUCAAAAGGCUGGCGUACCUGGCUUCUAUCACACGCAAAGUCCGAAAGAGAUCAAAAUACAGAUGUUCUUGUUAGAUUUCAUUUUACGCUUGAGUCGACUGAAAUACGAACCCAACAAAUAGCAAACUGAUCUAAUAUAACUUAAGACUGUUGACCUAAGAUACUAAAUAAUUAAUUGUAGUUAGUAAAUGCCAUUAAAAACAUUGUAAGCACUGUACAA